UUGUGUGAAGGUAUUGAGGCCGUGGAGAGGCUGACGACGUUAGGUAUCGGAGUUAAUCUGGUGACGUAUUUGACGGGAACUAUGCAUUUAGGCAAUGCAACGGCGGCCAACACCGUUACCAAUUUCCUUGGAACUUCUUUCAUGCUUUGUCUCCUCGGUGGCUUCAUCGCAGAUACCUUUCUCGGCAGGUACCUAACGAUUGCUAUAUUCGCCGCAAUCCAAGCCACGGGUGUUUCGAUCUUAACUCUAUCAACAAUCAUACCGGGACUUCGACCACCAAGAUGCAACCCAACGACAUCGUCUCAUUGCGAACAAGCAACUGGAAUACAACUGACGGUCCUAUACUUAGCCUUAUACCUCACCGCCCUCGGAACGGGAGGUGUGAAGGCAAGCGUCUCGGGUUUCGGGUCGGACCAAUUCGAUGAGACCGAACCAAAAGAACGGUCACAAAUGACAUAUUUCUUCAACCGUUUCUUCUUUUGUAUCAACGUCGGCUCUCUNUCCUUCAAUAUUUUAUUUUAUGUAUAA